GUCAGGUCGGAUCUUAUUCUGUGCUUCAGCUUCAGACUCACCAUCCUUCACCGUCAUCAUGGGAAUUCCUCAGUAUGCCGGGGUCCCGGACGAGGACCCCAAACCGACAUCCCCCGCUGACCAGGUCGUCGCUCGGUUCGGUCGUCUUCACCUCCUCGACGACCUGAUCCGCCUGCGCGCCGCGGACCCUAUCCAACACCCUAUCCUCGCCUAUCCCUAUCCCUCACCAGACGGUGAGCCGGUCUCGUAUGAGUACUUCACCGGCCAGGACCUGGACUGCAUGGUCGACCAGGCCGUGUACACAUUGAUGGAGUAUGGCUUCAAGCCGCCGCGCCACGACCGCGCAACGGUUGCACUCUUCACACUCUCCGACCUGAACAUGGUCGUCACAUUCUUCGCCCUCAGCCGACUGGGCUACACAGUGAUGAUGCUGUCGCCGCGGCUCUCGGCCACGGCCUGUGUCUCGCUCCUCGACCUAGUUGACUGCGACACGAUUCUGUACGGCCAAACGCCUAACAUCCGGGCUACGAUGGGCGAGAUCCUGCGUCUGAAGCUCGUCGCCUGUCGCCCGAUCGUGCCACGACCCUCGCUGGACGAGGAGUCGUCCCAGGACUCGGUCCUGAUGCUGCGGCGCACCCGCCACCCGGAGCUGCAAAUCAACAAGAUCGCCCUGAUCCUGCACUCGUCCGGGUCCACGGGCACCCCGAAGCCCUUGUAUCUCAGCCACAAGGCCCUGAUGACCCAUCCCACCCGCGGCCCGGGCUUCACCUCCUUCAACUCCCUCCCCUGGUACCACCUCCACGGCCUGUCCACCGCCCUGCAGGCCAUGUAUAUGCGUCGCACGGCGUACAUGUGGGACGCCUCGCUGCCCCUGACGGCCUCCACAUCCGUCGCUGCCCUGGAGGCGGCCCGUCCGGAGUCCGUCCAGGGAGUGCCGUAUCUGCUUCAGCUGCUGGUCGACAGCCCGCGGGGCGUGAAGGCCCUGCGCGCCUGCAAGUCCGUGACGUACGGCGGUGCGCCCUGCCCGGACGAACUGGGGGACCGACUCGUCUCCGAGGGGGUUCGCUUCGGCGGGUCGUUUGGACUCACGGAAGCCGGCCUGGUGGCGGAGUCGAUCUCCCGACCCGCGGGCGAUCCGUUCUGGAACUACAUGAAGUUCUUCGACAACCUGAAGCCGUUCAUCUGGAUGAAGCGCGUCGGCGAGAUUGACGACCUAUACGAGGCCGUCUAUCUACCGGGUCAUCCCGCCCUGACGGUGUCCAACUCAGACGAACCGGCGGGCUCCUUCCACUCCCGCGACGUCUUCAGCCCCCACCCCUCCAUCCCGGACCGAUGGAAGUACGUCUCCCGGCUCGACGACCGGAUCACGCUGGUCAACGGCGAGAAGGUCCUCCCGCUGCCAAUCGAGGGGUGUAUCAAGCAGAGCCCGUUCGUGCAGGAGGCGGUCGUGUUCGGGGUCAACCAGGCCGCGCCGGGACUGCUGGUGUUCCGCGCAGAGGGAUGCCCGAUGCUCUCUGACGAGGACUACCUGGACCUGGUCUGGCCGACGAUCGAGGACGCCAACUCCCGGGCGGAGCAGUUCUCGCAGAUUGCGCGCGACCUGGUGGUCGUGCUGGCGGCCGAUAGCGUGUGUCCGCGCACCGACAAGGGCUCGAUGAUCCGCGCGCAGGUGUACGUGCAAUACGCCGCCGUGAUCGAGAACACGUACCGGGCCGUCGAGCAGACGGCGUCCGGGACGCUCGAGCUCGACCUCCCGUCGACUGAGAGGCAUCUCCUGCGGCUGUGUCGCGAAGAGCUCGGGUUCGCCAUCUCCAGCCCCGACGCCGACUUCUUCGCCGAGGGUCUCGACAGCCUGAAGGCCAUCCACCUCCGACGACUCAUCCUGCGCGACUUCCGCAUGCACGACGGCUCGGCCCUCGGCCAUAACAUCGUCUUCGAGACCGGCAGCAUCGCCCGUCUGGCCGACCACCUCCAGGCCGUCCAGUCCGGACACCACAACGACACCCCGGACGAGAUCGCCCUGAUGCCGGGGCUGAUCGAGAAAUACUCCUCCUUCCAACAACACAUCCCCCGGCCCAUCUCCUCGUCCACCCAUAAGAGCGUCAUCCUGACCGGCCCCACCGGCUCCAUCGGCGCGCACACCCUAUACAGGCUCCUCAACGACAGCACAGUGACCUCGAUCUACUGCCUCACGCGACGCAGCCAACCCCUAGACGCCAUCCUCGCCACGCUGUCCGAAAAGAACCUCGGCGUGCCCCCGUUCCGUCUCUCCAAGAUCAUCGCCCUAACCGCCUCCCUCGACGCGCCCAACCUGGGCCUCGACCCUCCCACCCUGGCCUCCAUCCGCUCCUCCGUCUCCCUGAUCAUCCACACCGCAUGGCCCGUCAACUUCAACCUCCCCCUCCCGACCUUCGAACCGCACAUCCGCGGCCUGCACAACCUCAUCAACCUCUCCCUCUCCGUCCACCAGCCCCACCCCGCAGUGCUGCUCUUCUGCUCCUCCAUCUCCACCGCGCUGGGCACGCCCGCGUCCUCCGGUCCGGUGUCCGAGUCGCCCAUACCCGAUCUCUCCGCUGCGUUGGAGAUGGGGUACGGUCGCUCGAAGCUCAUCGGGGAGAAGAUCGUGAGUGCCGCCCGGAAGGCUGGCGCGAGGACCUACUCGCUUCGGAUUGGACAGGUGUCCGGGCAUUCGAAGAAGGGCAUGUGGAAUGAUAACGAGGCGCUGCCGCUUAUGGUUCGCUCCGCGUUGACGCUGCAUGCCCUCCCGGAUCUGGAGGUGAGGUGUUCGUGGCUGCCGGUGGAUAAACUCGCCUGUUCGAUUUUGGAGGUCGCGAGGGCGUGUUCCUUUCAUUCGGACUCUGAUGAUUCUGAUUCCGAUUCGCAUUCUCAUUCUCAUUUUGUGGAUGAGGCGCACCGGGUUGAGAGCGGUGAUGGUGAUGACUCCAUCUACAACCUCUGCAACUCGCGCACCUUCAGCUGGAGCGAGAUGCUCGAGAGUCUCCGGCGGAGCGGGUUCUCCUUCCGCACCGUGCCCUUCUCGGAAUGGUUGGAGCUUCUCCGACAGAGUGAAUCUCGCGGGGAAGAGGACGUCAAUCCGGCUGUUAAGCUGACCGGCCAUUACGAGGCUAUGUAUGGUCGGGAUGCGCCCGCGCCGGUGACGUUCUGUACGGAGAAGGCCGAGAGGGAUAGUAUGACCUUGCGCAAUGGGAGGUUGAGGAUCGUCCAGGAUGGCAUUCUGGCGAGGUAUGCUCAGGAUUGGUUGAGGAGGUGGACCGUUUGAAUUGUAUCUGGUUGCAUGGUUUGGUAUGUUUCGCUUCUUGUGCAUAGGUAUUGAGGUUGCUUGGCUUUUUCUGCCCCUGUCUGCUUCCUGUGAAUAUUGUUUGUCAGCUUGUUUGGGUUGGGUUGGGUUGUACAUGGUUGGAUAUUGAUAUAGAUAGAUCCUCAGAUACCCUGGUUGGGUUGCAUAUGCAAUUGAUUAGUAUGGUUUGGUUUCA